AUAAAAGAAAAACCAUCAACCACAAACAUCAAAAUGCAUAGUACCCUGUUGGAUGAGAUUAACCAAAAUGGUUACAUUGUACUUGAAGAUUUCCUAACACCCGAUGAGGUAGAUGAACUCUACAAAGCGGGACGCGCCCUUUGUAUGGAUGCACCACAAGAAAAUCGUAAAGUCUUCGAUACCCGUAAUCAUUUAGACGCGCAAAGUAAGGAAACCUACUUCCUUGAAUCGGGCGACAAAGUGCGAUAUUUCUUUGAAGAUGGAGCCAUUGGAGAGAAAGGAGAAUUGUUGGUCGAUCCAAUGCAGGCUUUGAAUAAAGUCGGUCAUGCUUUGCAUGUGGAAAAUCCUGUCUUCAAUAAAAUUAGUUUUUGUAAUCGUGUUAAGGAAAUCUGCUGGCAAUUGAAUUUCAAUAGACCUGCCAUCUGUCAGAGCAUGUACAUCUAUAAGAAUCCCAAAGUUGGUGGUGAAGUUAUUCCCCAUCAAGAUUCCUGGUAUUUACAUACGGAACCCAAUUCGGCCAUUGGCUUUUGGUUUGCAUUGGAAGAUUGUACUCUGCAAAAUGGUUGCUUGCAAUUCAUUAAGGGCUCCCAUCAGAGUGGAGUGCAUCGUCGUUAUAUUCGUAAUCCCGAAAAGGAUUCACAGGAAUUGAUGAUUUAUGAUAGAGCUGCACCGAUUUAUCCUCAUUCUAGUUUUACACCCAUACAAUGUAGUAAAGGCACCUGCAUUAUCAUCCACGGCAAUGUGGUCCAUAAAAGUGAUUCGAAUCGCUCGCAAAAGAGUCGCCACGCCUACACUUUCCAUGUUAUUGAGACUGAAAAUAAUGUUAAAUAUUCCGAGGACAAUUGGUUGCAGCCACCCAAGGAUAAACCCUUCCCCGUUUUAUUUGAAAGAAAGAACUGAUGUCGUACUCUAACUUAUAGAUAGAUCUACAAUUGUAUC